AGCAGCCCGACUUGACGUAACGCAAACGAACCGAACGCCGCCGAGCGACGCGAUUUCCACGCAGCGAUUUGGGACGCGCUUCAAAACGCCUGCGCAAACGGCUGCAAAAGCGGCGAAUUUCGAAUUUUUUAAAAGUGUUUUGAGUAAUUUCUAAAACUAUUUUUUUGAGUGACUCUUGAAAAUUGAUUUAUUUUUGAAACUAUUAAAAAACCCUGGAGUUUUUCAAUAAUUUGUGUUAAAAAGUGAAGUUUUGAAAACUAUUGAACGUCCUUUAAAUUGCGAACUUUCGUGUAAAAGUCUCUUUUGAUUUCUGAAACUACAAAACAGUUUUGAAUUUGCAUUUUGGAUUUCUAAGACUACAAAACACUUUUCAACAUUGAUUUCUGCAAAUCGAUUUUUUUUGAGUGAAUAAAAAGUUACAAAUAAUUUUUGAAGCUCCUAUUGAACUUGGAACUUUAACAAGUGGAUUUAUUGGAUUUUUGAAACACCUCUGAAAUAAGUGAUUUCCAAAAACGAAGGAUUUCGAAUUUGUGUGAGUUUGGACCUGCUUCUGCAAUCUCUUUCGAUUGGUGAAACCCCAGAGCCAAAGCGGUGAAGAUGCCUCCCCUGGCCACGAUCCUCGGAGGCCUGUUGCUCCUGGGCCUCCUCGGAAUCCCGCGAAUGGAGGCGAUCCCCAACGACGUGUACUUCAAGAUGUUCCCGCAGCAGGCGCCACCGGAGGAUCCGUGCUACAACAAGGCGCACGAGCCGCGCAUGUGCAUCCCGGACUUUGUGAACGCCGCCUACGAUGCGCCGGUGGUGGCCAGCUCCACGUGCGGCACGGCGGGCGCCCAGCGCUACUGCGAGUUCCAGGAGCGGGAGCGGGACAUGGCAUGCCACACCUGCGACAUGUCCGAUCCGCUGCGCAGUUUCCCGUCCCGUUCGCUGACCGACCUGAACAACUCCAACAACGUGACCUGCUGGCGGAGUGAGCCGGUGACGGGGAGCGGGGACAACGUGACCCUGACUUUGUCGCUGGGCAAGCGGUUCGAGCUGACCUACGUCAUCCUGCAGCUCUGCCCCCACGCCCCGCGCCCCGACUCCGUGGUGAUCUACAAGAGCUCCGACCACGGGCUCAGCUGGCAGCCCUUCCAGUUCUUCAGCUCCCAGUGCCGGCGGCUCUAUGGACGUCCCGCCCGCCAGUCGACGGGGCGCCACAACGAACACGAGGCCCGCUGCAGUGACGUCACCCGACCGCUGGCCUCCAGGAUCGCCUUCAGCACGCUGGAGGGACGGCCAUCGGCCCGCGACCUCGACUCCUCGCCGGUGCUGCAGGAUUGGGUCACGGCCACGGACAUCCGGGUGGUGUUCCACCGCCUGCAGCGACCCGAUCCCCAGGCCCUGCUCUCGCUGGAGGCGGGCGCGGCAGCGGACUUGGCUGGCGGCAAGUACAGUGUACCGCUCGCCAACAGUCCCGCUGGCAAUAACAUCGAGGCGAAUACCGGGGCGGAGACGAGCGCUGCCGGCGGACUACACUACGCCAUCUCCGACUUCUCGGUGGGCGGGCGGUGCAAGUGCAACGGCCACGCCUCCAAGUGCUCCACGGACGCCAGUGGGCAGCUGAACUGCGAGUGCCGCCACAAUACCGCCGGGCGGGACUGCGAGCGCUGCAAGCCCUUCCACUUCGACCGCCCCUGGGCCAGAGCCUCAGCCCGGGAGACCAACGAGUGCAAAGAGUGCAACUGCAACAAGCACGCCCGCCAGUGCCGCUUCAACAUGGAGAUCUUCCGGCUUUCGCAAGGCGUCUCCGGCGGAGUCUGCCAGAACUGCCGCCACUCGACCACGGGCCGCAACUGCCACCAGUGCAAGGAGGGAUUCUACCGCGACCCCACCAAGCCCCUCACCCACCGCAAGGUGUGCAAAGCCUGCGACUGCCAUCCGAUCGGGUCAUCUGGCAAGGUCUGCAACAGCACCAGCGGUCAAUGUCCCUGCAAGGACGGGGUCACCGGACUGACCUGCGACCGCUGCGCCCGCGGCUACCAACAGAGCCGCUCCCACAUCGCCCCCUGCAUAAAGCAACCCCCUCGAAUGAUCAACAUGCUGGACACCCAGAACACCGCUCCCGAGCCGGAUGAGCCCCAAUCCUCGCCAGGAUCCGGCGGCGAUCGCGGUGGCGCCUCCGGAACGGCCGCCCAAACCCAGUAUUAUCGCACCGAGGGCGGCAGGGAAUGCGGCAAAUGCAGAGUCAGCACCAAAAGGUUAAACCUAAACAAGUUCUGCAAAAGAGACUACGCAAUAAUGGCCAAGGUAAUUGGUCGCGACACGAGCAGCGAGGCGGCCAGCAGGGAGUCUCCUCGGCGCGCAAUGGAUCCCGACGCGGCGGACUACGACAUGGAGGUGGACCAUCGGAGUACGCCGGAGUACGAGUCGCAGGCGGGGGCGGGGGCGGGGCCGGAGGCGGAGGCGGAGGACUAUCCCAGCGCCAGCGAGGCGGUGCACUUCGAUCUGCAGAUCCAGGCCGUGUUCAAGCGCAGCAGGGGAGGCGGAAGCAGCGGCGCGGGGAACGUGUACGGAAUGCCGAGUACAACGCUGAAACGCGGUCCUAUGACCUGGAUCAUACCGACUAAGGACCUCGAGUGCCGCUGCCCCAAGAUCAGAGUAAACAGAUCCUAUUUGAUCUUGGGUCGGGAUUCGGAGGCACCUCCCGGAUACCUGGGCAUCGGGCCGCACUCGAUCGUCAUCGAAUGGAAGGAGGACUGGUACCGCCGCAUGAAGCGCUUCCAACGGAGGGCACGAUCCUGCGCGUAAUCCCCCCCGCCGGGAAACCCCCCCCGCUCCCCAUGUGUGUAGUCUCAAGAUUCUAGACCUAAGAAACGAUUAGAAACACGGAGAAAUCAAUGAAAUCAAUCAAAUCGUGUCGCAAUGGCGGUGUCUCUUAAACAUUUUUUUGUUUUUUUUUUGUCGUCAAAUUAACCGAUUUUGUAGCAGUUAAAAAUCAAACUAGCGGUAUUUAAUUUAUUUAAUUAACUUCAAUUGUUACAAUACCAAUCGAACACACGAAAGUAUCUAUACAUGUAAUCUAUGUAAUCUAUAUAUACGACUUGUAUUAUUCGCUAAGUUAAGAUUCCUGUCAGCCCAGUUUAAGCAUUUGUGAACAAUUUACGUACUAGGGCAGUCUCAGCAGCAAAUGGAGCGCCAGUAAGCAAUAAUUUAUCUGUAAGGAACACUUUGAUGCAUGCAUAACUCGCAGAAAAUCGUAAUUAAUAAAUAUUGUACAGAGCAAAA